AUGUUGCUUACAAGGCGCCUAGGACGGAACGUGUUUUUAAACGCCAGGCGAUGGCAAUCAAGUUCGGCGGGAACGAGGGUUAGUUACAAAUCGCCGUUGAGAGAGUUGGGGAGUAUACUAAAUGAGGAGUUUAAGAAGAAAAGCGACUCAUGGGAUAUAUUCUGCAAGUUAAAGACCGAAAUGGACAAGGUUCAGAUGGAUGAUACGGCCCGGAUGCGUUCUGAAGACCUGACUGAAGUGCUAUCGAAGCUGUUAGGACAGGCUUGCAUGGAGGUUACGGAUCACGUCAAGGUUAAGUCUUUACCUCCGCAUCCAAAUGAAGUGCUCCAGACCCUAAUUGACUACAAAUUGGCGCGCAGAUUCCAUUUUGAAAUGGUUAUGAAGCACAGUGUAAAUUCGGGAAAACCUCAGGAUGUCUUAACACAGUGGGUGAACUACCUGGAGUGGGGAAACGAUCCAUCACAACCUAGAGCCAGAAAAGCGGGUAACUUUAUCAUUGACGAUGUUAUUGUUGCGUACGUUAUGUUGGAACCUAACCCGGAGUUCAGCACGAUAUUAAAGCUUACGCAACUUGAGAAUGAGGUGCAUCGUUUCACCUUCCCUGACCCUGAGAGAGUUUUCCGCAACUUCUCUAUUCCAGAGAAAAGCAGGGAUCAGGUACGCAAUGGACUUGAGAGCCUCUUACGCCAGGCAAUUGUGGACUACAAGAAGGAUUUCUUGGAAAAGAUACUGCCUGUGAUAAGGAACGAGAACCUUGCUCCUAUGUGUGACAGGUAUAUGAAUUUGGGAGUUCCAUUGGAUGCAGAUAUUAUUUCAGCAUUCAUAAGGAAAUUAUCUGCCCUUGAUAAGGCAGUAACUGCUAUUAGCUACUUCAAGAAAUUUACUGAUAACAAUAAAGGCGACGUGCCUCUUGUGUUGCGUAAUAGUUUGCUAGAAGCAGUUUCUAUGCUGCGAUCACCUAAUAAUCCCUCAUUGCGGUUAAAAAGAGUUGAGGCCAUUUGGAAUACAUACAUUAAACCUUUUGAACCAAUUGAUGACACUUCCUACCAACAAGCAAUCAAGUCUUUUAUUAAAAUUCGUGCAUUUGAUGUUUUGGAUAAUUUCUGGAAAAUGGAUAUCCCUAAAAAUGUUAAAACUAACCCCGAACUACAACAAUUGUUCCUACAAGGUCUCGCAGAAAAUCCUGCAUAUCCAAUUGACCGUCUAAAGAAGCAGCUUCCUUCAUCCAUCACAAAUGUUGAUCUUGCGAAUGCUUUCCUCUUGAAACUAGUCAGAAGUGGUGAGACUAGUACGGAGUUUAAUUCAUAUUAUGAGAAAUUGUUUAAGGGUAAAGAGCUAAUCCCAGAUAGAAGAACUUUGGCAAUUAGAAUGUAUGCUGCUUACAACGGCGCACCGGAAAAAGAAGAGUUUAAUUACUUUGAUGCGGUCAAGUUUCCAACGGAGUAUUUGCAUGAUGUUGUAGAUGAGUUUUUGGUUAUUUGCAGACAACCCGAACCAGUCAGACACCUAUACAAAUCUUGUAAAGGAACAUCGUUGAAGAGUUCACUAAUUGGAAAAUUCAUUGACUUUGAGUUUACUAAAGGUGAUUGGCAAACUGCAGAGGCCAUCUUUGCCGAAUACUUUUCAGCGAUUAAAGUGAAGUCAAGACUCGACAGGCAUAUCUUGGAUCCAAUGCUAAUUAAUUUUUCCAGACUGCUCACUGUAACAAAGGAUAUUAACUACUUCUUGAAGAUUGAACUGUACUGGAAACUUUCGAAAACGAUUCACAAUGAUGUUGGAUAUUUGGGAAUGUUUUCCGUAUUGGAUGCGGUUUCCAGUUUAGUCAAUAAGGGAAUCAAGUUGACUCCUAAGCAUUUGGCAUUUGUUAAUGAAGAGAUACUGCCAGAGUUCUCAAGGAUGGACCUACGCAGAAUCAGUCAAAAGCAUGCAAGAUCUUUUGAAUCGUUAAAAAAGUCGACUGAUAUUAUCAUUCCCAAGGAACUUGAAGGAAGAGUAUAA